AUGUCUGUCGCCGAGAUCUUUUCGGAUGCCCAGCGCUCUCUGGUCAGUCACAGAACUCUGGCCAAACGACUGCGCCGUCUUGAAAACUCUCCAAACUUUGAAGCGCACGUCAAACAAUGCGUCUUCCGACUCCUCGACGUCAGCAAAUCCGAAGCAGCUGGAACCCGCGUCAUCAAGUUCCUCACGACAUACCUCGUCAGCGACGAUAUCUCAAAUCAAAUCUCCUCCACCAUCCUGUUGGCUGUCCUUCCUUUUCUCUGCGCCAAAGACAAGACAGUCCGAUACCGAGCAACCCAACUUACCUGCCAGAUCCUCGGGGUCUUGCAAGCAAUCGACGACGAUCUGUACAAAGUUAUUAGACACGAACUGAUCAAGAGAAUGAGAGAUAAGGUUCCCGCCAUACGGCUGGAGGCAGUGAUGGCGUUGGGUCGCCUGGUGGAGAGUGAAAUGGAGGAGGAAGAAGAGGAAGAUUCCGACGAGGAUUACGCCCCCGGCUUGCUUCAUAAACUCCUCGAUGCCCUGCAAAACGAUACUAAUGCAGACGUCAGAAGAGCCCUCCUGGUAAAUCUUCCCGCUACGCCCAAGACCUUACCUUAUCUGCUCGAGCGAGCUAGAGAUCGUGAUGCCCCAACCAGGCGUGCUCUGUACGCAAAACUGCUUCCUAAGCUUGGCGAUUUCCGACAUCUGUCGUUGUCCAUGCGGGAGAAGUUGUUGAGAUGGGGCUUGAGAGACCGCGACGAGAGAGUCCGCGGGGCCGCCGCCCGUCUUUUCAGAGAAUGCUGGAUCGAGAACUGCGCAAGGACCGAGACCGAAGAAUCUAGUGAGGCGGCGGAUGAAAAGGAAGCUCAGGUCGGCUUCUAUGAUCCGAGCAUUCCCGCGUUAUUGGAACUCCUAGAAAGAAUCGACACGUUGAACACUGGGAAUGAGGAUGGCGUCGCUCGGGAGGCGAUGAAAGAUUUUUGGGCUGGUCGACCUGACUACCUUGAUGCGGUCAGGUUUGACGAUGGUUUCUGGGACAAUUUGACUCCAGAGUCGGCGUUUAUAGCACGCACCUUCAAUGACUACUGCCACUCAGACCCAAGCUAUCGCGAAAUGAUCGAAGAGAAAAUGCCAGAGGUUACACGGCUGGGAUUUCAUCUCCAGAAGCAUAUCAACGAGCUGGUCGCCAGGGUCCAGCACGCCAGUGAGUCGGACUCGGACGAAAAGAUUGCACUACAAGCGGAACAAGAGUUCAUUGUGGAGCAGCUCUUGUAUAUUGCUCAGUCGUUGGACUAUACAGAUGAGAUUGGCAGGAGGAAAAUGUUUUCUUUACUCCGACAUGCUCUGUCCAUGGCUGAAUUGCCAGAUGAAUGCACUCGACUCACCGUGGAAGCCCUACGACUCGUAUGCAACUCGGAUGCAGCUGGCGAGAGAGAGUUUACCUCGAUCGUUCUCGAGGCUAUCGCCGAAGUUCACGACAACAUCGCUUCUUCCGACCUCGAAGACGAAGCUGAGGCGGACGAGGAAGACAGCUUCGUCUCAGCCCGCAGUGAAGUUAGCGGUGAGUCGACGCCUCGAAACGAACAAGCCAAGAGCAAGCGCAAUAAGAACCUCACCGAAGAAGAGCAAGAAGCCAAAGCGAUCAAGGAAAUUGUCAUCAACAUGAAAUGCCUUCAUAUCGCACAAUGCAUGCUGCAAAAUGUCGCAGGGAACCUGCAGUCGAACAUCGACCUACGCACCAUGUUUGACAAUCUGGUUAUCCCGGCUGUUCGAUCCCAUGAAGCUCUGAUACGCGAACGCGGGGUGCAAUGUUUGGGACUGUGCUGUUUGCUUGAGCCCAAGCUUGCCGACGAGAACAUGCGGCUCUUUACUCUUUUGUUGAAAAGAGGCCAUGAGACCCUUCAAGUUAUGGCCCUGCAGAUCCUUUGCGAUAUUCUUCUCGCACGAGGGCCGCCUUCCUCCACGCAUUCAGAAUUCAGCGAGCACCCGGUAUCUCCUCCCGCUACGACUGAGGCAGGGGACGAUGUCACCCCUACCACCACAAACAACCAGAGCAGCACUCUCGCUGGCCUUCUCUCCCCAUUUGUCAAAGCCCUCUCCCAAACCUUCCCAGACGAGGUCCGCGCUACAUCCACAGCCAGCUUAUGCAAACUCAUGCUGUGCGGGUUCUACGCGGGCAAUGAGGACUUGUUUGAUCAGAUCGUUGAGAGGGCAAUCCACGGAGUGGCAAAGGGGUGGGAGCUUUUGGAGAAGGUGAGGAAUGCGGUUCUUGUGGAUAGAGAUCAAAGCAAAGGGAAAGCAGCAGACAAGAGUAGCGACAAAGUCAAGGAGAGGGAGAGGAGCAGCAACGGCGUAAGUAGUGCCAGAACGAGCAAUGAGGGCGUGGGAAGUGGAGGCGAGAGAGUCGUUGGUGAGAGCAUGGAAGUGUGA